UUGAAACUAAGACCGGUGACCGGGCAUAUAGCCACUCCGUAUUCAGAAACCUUCUAACCUCGAUAUUAUGAUGGAUGUAAGAGAACCAGGUUUUUGUCCACAGUGUGGUACUAUAUUACCUUUAGUUGGUGAAGCAGGGGGAGUAACAUGCUAUUUAUGCAAAACUUCCUAUGGACCUGAAGUUUUUGGAAGAAUGGAGGCCAACUACAGGAUAUACUUUAAUAGAUAUUCAGAAACAGGAAAAAAAAGAGUUGAAAUGGACGAAGGUGAGGAAGCUGAUGGACCUGUCGUGGAGAGGAGAUGUCCCAAGUGCAAUAACGACCCGAAUGUCAUACGCAACCCUUCAGCUGCGGUCAGCAGAUGAGGGC